UUAGGAAGAAGUGCUUUAUCGGACAGCUAAUUUGCAAGUGACCUGUAAUGGUGAAUUACACCGGAAAUCCAAAUCAUCCGGAAGGAAUGGACAAAUGGUUAAAUUAAUAGAUAAGCGGUCUGCAGAUUUGAUAGGAAUUGAUGGCGAUCACAUAGUGCAAAGGAAUAACCGCUGUGCAUAUAGCCCGACAUGCAUUUAUCUACAUAUAAGUCUGUAAUAGAUACGAGAGGAUACUAGGGGAGUAAUGAGUAGGUGACUGUCAGUUACAUCGGAGUUCCGUGUGAUUGACGAACGUUGGUGCAUACAAUUAUCAUGUCACGCUCUAUGUUGUUGCUAAUCCUGCUGGGUAUAUUGUUGCUCAAUUGUCAAGAGACACUUGGUCGGAGAGGACGAGGAAGAAGCAGGAGUAAAUCUCGCGUGCAGAUCGGAUUGCCCAUUACCGGGAAGUAUCGUGACCCGGAGAGCGAUCAGUAUUACAACAAUCACGAUGGAGCCAAGAUACUGCUGGCGUCGCAUUUCGAUCUGGAGUACGUUUUGGGACACAAAAUAGCUUUUCUCUGCGUCGCUCGCGGCAAUCCGCGCCCGCACGUUACGUGGUUCAAGGAUGGCGCCGAGAUUUACACGCAUCACUAUCUACAUAUACACGAAUGGCAAGUUGGAACUGACAAGGUGAAAUCGAAACUCGAGAUCGACCCCGCUACUCAGAUGGACGCAGGAGUUUAUGAGUGCACAGCGGACAAUAUGUACAGCAUCGAUCGAAGGUCUUUCAAGACUGACUUCUCCAUCGCUUUUGAUUAAUGCGAGCAUUGAUACGUGAGAUUAAGCAAAUAUAUGCAAUUAGAUAAAAGAUACGUAAAGAGUCCAGGUAAUAUGUAAAAUUUUUACGAUAACUCUAAAGACGAUAGAUUUUAAGAAAACAAUUUAGAAUAUAUAUCAUUAUUGUACAACUCGCAGAAGGAAAUCCCCCUAAUCCGGAAUGUGAGAAAUUAUUUUCAAUUCUAUUGCAAAACGUAGUGUUGAAAUAAGUAUCUAUCUGGAAUAAUAAUAAUAAUAAUAAU